AUGGAGUUUGAAACGUCCCUGGAAGCUUUCGAGGCCCUGGUCGCCGUCGCUCGCCGCCUCGCACGGUUCGUUGGGAUGGACGUCCUGGCGAAUUCGUACCGUCCCAACGCCCUAACCGCGAUGACCCUGGUCGGCUGUCUCAGCUACAUCGUGAUCGGGAUCUACAGCGCGUGGUUCUUCUAUCCGGACAUUUACGUCACGCUGCAGGCGCUGGCCCCGGUUGGGAUAGCGUUUCAGGGCGCGGCCAAACUGUACUCCGGAAUCAUCUAUCGGGACUUUUUCUACGGAAGGAUAAAGCUGCUGGAGGACUUUCAUCGGAAACAUGCGAAGAACCCUCGGAACAACGCGGUACUGCUUAGUUUGAUGAAGAAGGUGCACUUGGUCUGCAGGUUGCUGAUUGCUGCCUACUUUGUGGCCAUCGCCGGGUUCGGACUGUAUCCGCUGUAUUUCUACGUUAUGUACGGAGAACGGACCAUGGCGUUGACGGCAGUGUUGCCAGGGGUCGGGGUCGAAUCGAACUGGGGUUAUAGUGUAACACUGGGGUAUCAAUUGUUUCUGCUGGCGAUUGCUAUAAGUGGGAUUUCGGCUUCCGAUACUGCCGUUCUGUUAUUCGUGUCCAACUUGGCUGGGUUGGUGGAUGUCUACAAAAAUGAUCUCGUAGAGUUGGAUGAACUGAUGGAAGCUAAAGUGAGGGAUGAGAGCCAAAUUGCGACCAAGCUUAAACAAAUCAUAGUGGAUCAUUUGGCGAUAAUUGACUACGAAUCCGAACUGGGACAACGGUACGAGAUGAUCAACUUCGUCCAGGUAGCGUCUUCGGUAUCGUGUCUAACCCUCUCGCUGUUCCUGUGCUACAUGACCAACGACAUUCCGAGCUAUGCCUUCCUGCUGGGAGCACUGUUCCAGCUGCUGGAAUUCUGUCUGCUGGGAACCAUUUUCAGAGUGAAAAACGAUGAAGUAAUUAUCGCCAUUUACAACACCAAGUGGUACCUGUUGAAUAAUUCGCAGCGGCAGAUGCUUCGGUUUAUGUUUCACAGCAGUCAGAACCCGGUCGAGCUGACCAUCGGCGGGUUGGCGCUGCUCAACAUUGAGACGUUCGUUGAGAUUAUGAAGACCAUCUACCAGUACUUUGCAAUGAUGAUUAGCUUCAUGGAGUAA